UCGUGCGCUGCACGACUACCCAGUAGCGGGUUGUCUGAGGACUGGUGGCCUUGGAGUUCAGGUUGGAUUGGAUGAGUGGCCUGUCGCCACAAACGUUCGACUGUUUUCCUCGUUUUUCAAUUCGGUCGGCUCUGGAAAAGCGAGAGGAAGUAGCAAGUGUAGCGCAACUUGAUCUGGCAUCUCGUACUCCCUUCCCGCCCUCUCCUUCUUCUCGUCUCUCGCUUCUCUUCGCAGGGGAGGGAGAAUCAUGUAGUCGGAAGCGGGGACGGCGAAGUGGACGACACGAGCCGUUAUCCCAGAGGCAGUUCGGUAAAGAGGAGGCGGGAGAGGGCGUAAUUCUGUGUGGUGUAUGCGAGGGUGGGGAGGGCGUAGCUCAGGCAAGAGAGAACUCUUAGUCGGUCACGUGAAGCAAAUCGCUGUGCGGACGCAGGAGAGGAGGGACAUGCGUGGGGGCGGGAACGCACACGAGAGGGGGCGUUUUGGAGCGCAGAGUCCGUCACUCGAGACCAUGCUUCUGUCUCGCCGUAGCAAUGUGACAUCAGGGGGCACGAAGUUGGCCGACCUGGUGAAGGGAAGAGGCGUCUCCUGAAGCCGAUUUCGGCGCGCAGUGAAUAUCAAGGUGAGGAGAGCAGAGGACGUGUUUGGGGGGAGGGGGGGGCGGGGGGAGGGGGGGGGGGCGAAGUGGAGGGGGCAGCAUCGAUAGAAGAAGAGCUGUGGUAAGUCGAGCAGGGAGGACUGGGAAAGGGGGGAGAGAUGGGGGAUUAUGGCUCAGACACGCAGAUGCGGAGGGACAUGGGUGGCCCUCCAGGAAGGAGCCGAGCGCAGAACAGGGCGACUAUUCAGCAGCUGAAGCUCAUUGGGCAGAGCCACCCAACUGGACUGACGCAGAACCUGCUCAAGCUUUUUGAGCCGCGUCCUCCUCUGGAGUUCAAACCGCUGCCUGAAAAGCCGCCAUGCGCGCCGUACUCGGGUAUCGCGCAGUUUGUAAGCCAAUUCUCGGAGCCCGGCGAUGCCGAAUAUUCGCCGCCCGUGACGAAAGCAGAAACGCCCUCUCAGAGAAGGGCAAGAAUUCACAACAUGCGAUUGGAAAAGGGCGCGCAGAGGGCGAGGGAAGAGCUGGAGAAAUACGAUCCCGGCUCCGAUCCCAACGUGGAAGGUGACCCGUUCAAGACGUUGUUUGUUGCGCGUAUCAGCUACGAAACGACGGAGCACAAAAUUCGGCGCGAAUUCGAGGCCUACGGUCCCAUAAAACGGAUUCGAUUGGUGCACGACAGGGUCUCAGGGAAGCCCCGCGGGUAUGCCUUCAUAGAGUUCCAUCACACUCGGGACAUGAAGACGGCGUACAAACAGGCGGACGGGAGGAAGAUAGACAACCGCCGCGUUCUCGUGGAUGUGGAACGAGGACGUACUGUGGCCAAUUGGCGGCCCAGGCGUCUGGGGGGAGGGUUGGGGUCCACGCGCGUGGGCGGAGACGAGGUCAAUCAGAGGCACACUGGUAGAGAGCCGCCAUUGAUAACCGCAAGAGACGACGAUCGGCCGCGUGACCACGACAGAGGAGGGUUCGACAGGGAUAGGAAAUUCGAGGGAAGGGGCGGCGACAGAGAGCGGCCGGGCCGGCGUGACUACGAUCGGGACUACGAUCGGGAUCGGGACGACCAUUCGACGAGGGACAGAGAGAGGGAUAGGCAUCGGGACUAUCACAGAGAAAGGGAGCGGGAUAGGGGGGAUUAUGACAGGGAGCCGCGGGAGGGGAGGGAACGCGAGAGAGAUUACGACAGGGAGGGAGGAGGGCGGGAGGGUCGGGACCGCGACUCCCGGGAUGUCCGGGAGUCGCGGGAGCGGGAGGGAAGAGAGGGCAGAGACAGGGACAGGGACCGCAGGCGGUCCCGCUCGGCCGACCGGGAAAGGGAGCGCGAACGGGACCGAAGGUGAUGGUACGAGUACCACUGUCGUAAUCACGAAAGAUGGGCGGAAGGACGCGAUGACGACGGGCAUCGUGACGUCGCACAUGCGUUUCUUAUUAUUAUCAUCAUCAUCAUGGUGGGAGGAAUCGUUGACAAUGUUUUUUCGAAGUCGGCUCUCUCGGAAAGUAAGCAGUGCUAUCGCAUAGCUAGUUUUCUAGGACGAGGAGGGCAGGCAGCAGCCGCGGCCGCCGCAGCAGCAGCACGGGAUCGCAUGCCUCCAAGCCUCGAUCUUGCCGCCGCCGGUUGUUAGCGUGUUUUUUUUUUUUGUUUGUUUGUUUGUUUCUUUUUGGUCUUCUUGCAAGUCGAUUAGUCAGGAUCCUUCUUUCGUUGUGUGCGCGCUAUCAGCAUCUUAGGAGGACUCAGAUUGUAUCAUCAUCAUCCGUCGCCCCCCGUAUUCGAGUCAGCAGUAUUUUGCGCGGACAAGG